GUCCCUGAGGUAAGUGCUGCUGCCCAGCGCAGCCAGGCCACAGCUCUGAGGGUGAACCCAGGACACCAGGGAAACUUCAAGGCUGACCCACGACCCAGGGCUUCCAAAGGGUUGGAUGAGUGAACACCAAGUGCUAGAUGCCCCUGAUUUUGCCUUCCUGGAAAACUGUAGUUCUUCCUAUGACUACGAAGACAAUGAGACCGACUCCUGCUGUGCCUCCCCACCCUGCCCACAGGAUUUUAGCCUGAACUUUGACAGGGCCUUCCUGCCAGCCCUCUAUAGCUUCCUUUUUCUGCUGGGGCUGCUGGGCAAUGGUGCAGUGGCAGCUGUGCUGCUGAGCCAACGGGCAGCCCUGAGCAGCACUGACACCUUCCUGUUUCACUUGGCCGUGGCUGAUGCACUGCUGGUGCUGACCCUCCCCCUUUGGGCAGUGGAUGCUGCUGUCCAGUGGGUCUUUGGCUCUGGCCUCUGUAAAGUGGCAGGUGCCCUCUUCAACAUCAACUUCUAUGCAGGGGCCCUCCUGCUGGCCUGUAUCAGCUUUGACCGUUACCUGAGUAUAGUGCAUGCCACCCAGCUCUACCGCCGGCGCCCCCCAGCCCGUGUGGCCCUCACCUGUGUAGUGGUCUGGGGGCUCUGUCUACUCUUUGCCCUCCCGGAACUGAUCUUCCUGUCAGCCCACCAUGAUGACCGCCUCAAUGCCACCCACUGCCAGUACAACUUCCCUCAGGUGGGACGCACAGCUCUGCGAAUGCUGCAGCUGGUUGCUGGUUUUCUGCUGCCCCUGCUGGUCAUGGCCUACUGCUAUGCCCGCAUCCUGGCUGUGCUGCUGGUCUCCAGGGGCCAACGGCGGCUGCGAGCCAUGCGGCUAGUGGUGAUGGUAGUGGUGGCCUUUGCCCUCUGCUGGACCCCCUACCACCUGGUGGUGCUGGUGGACACCCUCAUGGACCUGGGGGCCUUAGCCCGCGACUGUGGGCGAGAAAGUCGUGUUGACGUGGCGAAGUCAGUCACCUCAGGCCUGGGCUAUAUGCACUGCUGCCUCAACCCGCUGUUGUAUGCCUUUGUGGGUGUCAAGUUCCGAGAACGUAUGUGGAUGCUGCUUAUGCGCCUGGGUUGCCCUGGCCAGAGAAGGCACCAGCGGCAGGCUGCUCCUUCCUACCGGGAUUCAUCCUGGUCGGAGACCACAGAGGCCACCUAUUCAGGCUUAUGAGGCUGGAAGUGGGGGCUCACCUUUCACUCACCCAGCCUGGCCCCACCCAUACUCCAGGCUUCUCCCCUACCCCUCUGCUGGGCUGUCUCUGGCUCUCCCCAUGGCUUUGCCCCCCAGACACAGUACUCUGGGGCUCGCUGGCAGCCCCAGCCAUGCCGGGUCUCCCAUUUCUGAGGCCCUGGCACCCUCACUCCUACUGCUUCAGAGGUGGGUGUGUUCCAGCCCAGCCACCUUGGCUGCCUGGAGCCCUGUUGCCCUUCUCAUCUGGUAACUGGAACUUGGCCUUUCCCACAUGCAAACAACACAGAGGAAGCGGCCCCUGUGGGGCCUUGGUCCAGACCUCUUGCUUAGUAGUAAUUGUGACUAUGAUUCCCAGAACCUCUGUAUUUGUUCACUUUUGUUUUUAUUUCAAAAAUCUUGCUUAAAAUUUUUCAAUAAACAAGCUCAUCAGGA